AUGCGUAUGUCCCACAAAACUUCACCCCCAGGCAGCUUCGUUGACAGCAAUCGCAGAGACCAUAUCGCCGAGCUGAACAACACCCGUCCCAAGAAGCCGUUCUUUUUCCUCAAGCCCACCACCUCCCUCCUCACGACUGGUACAGGCAAUGUUAUCAGGCCAAAAGGUGUACGCCUUCAUUAUGAAGUUGAACUAGGCCUAAUCAUGGGCCAACGGCUCCGGGAUUCUGAUCCCAACGACGAGACGACCGCCAUGAACGCCAUUUCUGGCUACGUGGUUGCCAUCGAUAUGACUGCCCGUAACGUCCAAGACUCCGCCAAACGCGCCGGCCUCCCCUGGUCUAUCGCCAAGGGCUUUGAUACCUUCUGUCCGAUCAGUAAUUUCAUUCCCAAGUCUGCCAUUCCGGAUCCCCAUAACGCCACUCUCCAUUUGUCCGUGAACGACGCCGUGCGUCAGAAUGAUAGCACUGGGUUGAUGUUGUAUCGCAUCCCGCGCAUCCUAUCUGAGAUAUCAAUGGUGAUGACACUGGAACCGGGAGAUGUUGUCCUAACCGGUACGCCGAAAGGCGUUGGUGAGGUGAAGCAUGGGGAUGUGAUGAAGGCCGGUAUAAAGGUGGAUGAAAAGGCGGUGCCCGAAGCGGGUAUUGAGGUUGCUGUGAGAGACUCGGAAGGGAAAUUCGAGUUUGGAGAGUUCUGA